CGCAUGACGAAUAUCUUUAUCGCAGUUUAUUUGGAUCCUACGAGACAAGAAUUUGAGUGGCGUUCAUAUUUGAUCUGCUAUUUUCAUUCACAUUUGCACGUCUUGUCAAAAUGACUACCCCGCCUCCUGGCGCGGCGGAGGUCGUAGUUCCAGUGCACGAUGGAGAGCGGAAGGUGGCCACGGAACAACAGAUUGACCCUUGGAAUGUUGAAGCUGGACAUGACGCCCAAGGGAAUGCCAUUGCCAUUGACUAUGUUGCACUUUCGCAGAAAUGGGCGACCAAAUUAAUCGACGAUGAGCUCCUCCAACGUUUCGAGCGUCUUACAGGCCACAAACCCCACCGUUGGCUGAGGCGCGGCCUUUUCUUUUCGCAUCGCGAUUUCGACAAUAUCCUCAACAAGUACGAGCGGGGGGAGCCCUUCUUCAUGUACACGGGAAGAGGACCUUCAACCGAUGCGCUACAUCUGGGCCACACAAUCCCUUUCUCGUUCACAAAGUGGCUACAGGAUGUAUUUGAUGUCCCAUUGGUUAUUAUGCUUACAGACGACGAAAAGGCCCUUUUUAAGGACAAUCUCACAUUCGAAGAUACCUAUAAGUUCGGGUUGCAGAAUGCGAAGGAUAUCAUCGCUUGUGGGUUUGACCUGAAGAAGACUUUCAUAUUUAGCGAUCUGGAUUAUGUAAAGGGUCACUUUUUGAUGAAUGUUUGGGAAUUCUCGAAACUCGUAACGUUUAACCAGGUUCGAGGAGCGUUUGGGUUUAAUGAGAGCACAAAUAUCGGCCGGAUAAUGUUCCCAGCUGUGCAAUGUGCCGCUGCAUUUGCAACGUCCUACCCAGAGAUCUGGGCUGAUUACCCACCCGCCCUGAGGACUAAAGAUAUAGGCAAAAUUCCUUGUUUAAUUCCUAUGGCUAUUGAUCAAGAUCCGUAUUUCCGACUCGUUCGUGACAAUGCUUCGCGUAUGCGAUUCCCAGGGCCAAAGCCGGCCCUAAUACAUUCCAAAUUCCUUACAGCUCUGCAAGGUAUCGGAGGGAAAAUGAGUGCAAGUGACCCGAAUUCUGCAAUUUUCAUGACGGAUACUCCAAAUCAAAUUAAGAAAAAAAUUAUGAAGCAUGCAUUUAGUGGAGGGAGAGACAGUAUAGAAGAGCACAGACGGCUAGGCGGUAAUCCUGAUGUUGAUGUUUCGUUCCAAUACCUCACGUACUUUGAAGAGGACGACGAGAAGAUCAAGCAGAUCGAAGAAGGCUACCGGAAGGGGGAAAUCCUCACCGGGGAGCUGAAGAUGAUGGCGAUCACUUUACUUCAAGAAUAUGUGGCAGAAUUCCAGGCUCGGAGAAAGCUUGUUUCGGACGAGCUCUUGAAACAGUACAUGACUCCCCGGAAGCUGGAAUGGAGAGGAAAUCCCAACCCUAAGCCCAAGGAGGUCAAGCCGAAGGAAUCGAAACCGAAGGAACCUAAGGUAAAGGAGACGAAACAACGUCAGGAUGAAAAUUGAGAGCAAACUAGCGUCAGAUAUAGAUAUCGAUGUUCAGCAGAUUAGAUAUAGAUUCUAGGUUUGGAAACAGAUACUAGGGUUUGUACCCGAUAACUGCGCCUCUUCAUGGCUAGGAAUACCGAAGUAGAUUAUGGAUAGAAGGGAAUACGUUGAACAUAAGGAUAUUUUUUUCAUCUUUCG